CCAUGUGAAGUUGGCCAAAAAUGUAUAUCAGCCAUGUACAAUCAGACAAUAUGCCUAACAUUUGAUACACCUUGUGACAGUAAUCCUUGUCAAAAUAAGCGUGUGUGCAGAAACAAGGUCAAUGGAUACAGAUGUAUUUGUCCAGAAGGUUACGACGGAGUCAAUUGUGAAUGGAACUUCGAAUAUUUCACAGAUUCAUCAGCAAUAAUAAGCUCUCCGGGCUACCCUAACUACUAUACGAAUAACCUUAGGUACAAAUAUUCCAUACGAGUGCAACCUGGACAUAACAUUACCCUGACAGUUUCUAGAGUCGACACCGAAGAAUGUUGUGAUCACGUUCGAGUUUAUGAUGGAUCAACUAUGUCAUCUUCGCUCUUACUGAAGCGUUCUGGUUCCAUAAGUAGUAGUAUAAGAGUCCAGUCAACCAGCAAUUACAUGCUCGUAGUAUUUACAUCUGACCACAGUAAUACUGGUAGGGGAUUUAAAGCUACAUAUUUCUCUUAGUCUUGAGGUUUACUAAAAAAUGAUGAGAAAUUUCGUGUAAAUGUUGUACCACUACAAUAAAGUUGAUGUCAAGUAAAACUAUACACCGAAUCAAUUUCGCACAAACUAAUAG